AUGAUCGAUGGAAGAUACCUGCGUCUGUGGCGCAAGAAGGAAAACACUCAUCCCCAGCCUUACACCAUCGUCUUCCAAAGCCUAAUGAAAGAUGAAGAGAUCCUUUUGAACGUUGAGCUACAUACAGUGGAUACACAGGGCCUGUGUUGGCACAGAGAUGAGAGGUCACAUGUUGAACUUGAGGUUGAUAGAAGCAAGUAUCAGGGAUCUGCCAUAUCAGUAGAUGGCAAUGAAGAUAAGGAAGUAACUAGAAGGAUGCAAGCGAGAUGGAGGAGCUGGAGGGAUGUAUCAGGGGUGUUGUGUGACAGAAAAAUGGCAGUGAAAUUAAAGGGAAAGAUUAAAAAAACUGUGUUGAGACCAGCGAUGACGUGUGGAGCACAGGCAUUACCUGUGAAGAAAGUAAAUGAGAAGAGGAUGGAAGUAACAGAAAUGAGGAUGUUGCUUUGGAUGUGUGGGGUGGCGAGGGAGGACAGAUUCAACAAUACAAGGAUCAGAGGAACAGUGAAGGUGGGAGAGAUUUCGAAGAAGACACAGGAAGCAAGGCUUAGAUGGUACGGGCACGUAAUGAGAAGGGAUGGAGCAAGUGACGAGAGGAGAGGCGUGGAUGUGGAAGUGCAAGGAAGGAGGAGGAGAGGAAGACCCAAGAUUAGAUGGAAAGAUUGCAUACGGGAUGACAUGAGGGAGAAGGGACCAGAUACCGCCAUGGCAGGUGAAGGUAAAGGUGUUAUUAAUGAUGAUGAUGAUGAUGACGACGACGGAAGCAUUGUGUGGACUGGCGAGACAUCAAGUAGUCUGUGUGAUGUGCAGUACUGUCAGGGCUCGUGCAUCUUCUCUUUUGUCACUAAUACAACGCUGAGGAAUUAUGGGUGCCUUGCCUUCAGGUGA